CGAUUUAAAUCCUUAAAAUCUUCAAAACCUUACGAUUUUACAAUUCCAAUCUUUGGAUCAAUUUUACCCCCCCCCCCCCCCAGAAUUUGCAAAAUUACGCCUAAUUUCCUUCUCCUCAGCCUACAUCAUCUAGUUUUCGCACACUAACCACCAUCAACCAUUAUCAAUUCACAUCAACGUAUUAAUCAUAAUCGAUUCACCACUUCCCAACAUUAUCCUUGAUAAAUCAGAAUAUUAACCUUGAAAAAUUAUCAUUGUAAUCGUUAUGUGUUCUUGUGUUAUUCAUGAUUUUCCUUAUUAAUAUUAUUCCGUCUUCAUUUUUAUAUGGACCUUAAAAUCUUAAGAUUUUACGAUUCGAUUUUACAAUUCCGAUUUUACCCUCCUUUUCGAUUUUACUUAAAAUCCCGAUUUUGACUUCUAUGUGUGCUAGGACCUGAAAUAUGACAAAGGAACACAACCUAGCGUAAAAUAGGCCAAUGAAGCGAUAAUGCAAGCUUAAACGAUCAAGAAACAAAGGGGGAAACAUGUGCAAAUAUCUAGUCAUCACCCACCUUUUCAAUCAUGGUGGCAUUUCCUUGCUCCUCUUGGCAAUCUGAAGAUGGCUCCUCCUCGUCUCUCAUGGCUCCACAAUUUUGUGCAAUCCUUCUCCUUGUCCUUCUCCAAUGAGUCUUUGAGUGAGCCUCUACCUCCACCAUCGUUGACACUUUUCGCUGCCCUUGCCUUGCCAAACACCUCUUGUUUGACUCUGGUUUCCCUCUUGUCAUGUGAACCGAUCUUGCUCCGCCUCCGAUGCAAAAUCUACUGGCAUAGGGGAUUGGAAAGCUUUCUUCCGCACCAUGAAAUCUAUGUCGAUGAUGACCUGAUAGUCAUCCAACGACACCGCCUCAAAGUGUCGCACCCAUGUCAAUCCUCCAAGCUUGAGUGGAACCUGGCGCUCUACACCGUGAGUUCUUGUGGCUCUUGAGUUGGUAUCCCUCAGCCACCCUAUUUUCUUCUUCUCGUAUGUGAUGCGUGCCUAGCCUGUGCACUUCACCCUUGGUUGAGCUUCGCCUCUACGAACCAUUGGCCAUGUUGCUUGGGGUGAGUAGGCUCUUCGGUCCGCUUUAUGGAGCUCAAUCUCUUCAUGCACCAAAUCUUUGUGACAUACGAAUCCACUCUUGGAUUCGCCUCCUCUUCCUCUUUCGAGCUCGAGCACUCUGCUAGUGCGGCCUUCAUGGUGGACAACUUGUGCUUCUUCGGGAAAUCUCUUACACGAUGUGAAUCAUCACAAAGAAAUCAAGUAAGGGGUU